AGCCUCGGGAUUAUGACAUAACCGCCGCUUUCUCAUCUUCUGCCAUCUCUUUCCGAUCUUCCUCUUCUUCUUGUCGCAACUCCAACUUCACCAUGGACGCUCCUUGUCUGGCGAUUCGUUCGCCCCUCCUCAGACGUUGUCAUGUCUGUCUUUCCGGUUCGCGCAUACCCGAUGCAUCUCGCUUGACCCGACCACGUGCCGUUACCCCAUUCAUUCGGCGCUCCAGCACCCGCAGAUAUGCCACCGUUCAAGACACACAGGCGGGCGGUUUGAAUGACUCCAAAUCCCGUCAAGCGCAUCCGCUAUCGGGUUAUUACUACGAUAUUUUGUCCACUCGCUCACCCUACCGACACCACGCAACAACCGAUACCAAGACAGAAGAGCCCAAGUCAGAGGCGCAAACACCACAGGAAAAGAUGGCCAUUGUCUUCGGCACUCGGUUAGCUGGUCCCGGCCGGUCCUCACGCUACGAUCCGGGCUCCGCACCGGAUACGACUUGGAAAACCAUAAACGGGGUGGCCAUCCCUCCUCGGCCGGAGGAGCCCGACAAUUGCUGCAUGAGUGGCUGUGUCCACUGCGUAUGGGACGAUUUCCGAGACGAGCUGGAGGACUGGGCCUUCAGGCUUGAACAAGCCAAGGCGAAGGGUGCGACCAAAAGUGAUGCCUCGGAUAUGCGGCAUACCCCACGAGCAGAAGUCCACUCAGCCAGCAUGAGCAUGGAUGACGAUGGUGGUGGCAGUGAGGCCAAUUGGUCGGCGCCUUCUUCGGACGAUGACUUGUUUGCGAGUAUCCCUGUGGGGAUUCGAGAGUUCAUGAAGACGGAGAAGAAACUGAAGCAACGGCAUCAGCAGGAAUCGGUGUGAAAUGAUGCCCAGUACAUUUCUUUCUGCUUAGUGGCAUUUUUCUCUUCUCUACUACGAAUACCCUUGUAUGAUGAUUGAUGUGGAUUAGCUUGGUGUUUGGACUAGAUUUGUACAUAGACUAUACUACUGCUGUUUAGAUGUAGAGAAUGUAUAUAUUGCUCCGCCAUGGUGGUGCUGAGAUUAUAUAUGCAGGUGAC